AUGACAUAUCGUAUUCAAACUGAAGGUGUUCGUCUCCGUGGACAAUAUACUACGCCUAUGGAGGCAACACUUCUACAAAACGAAUACAAUAACCACCCAGCGUGGGUCUUUGAUACAGGAAAGGGUCAAAUCUGUAUUGAUUGCUCCAAUGGUCCUAAUUCGUUAGGUUCCAUCAAUCUUUACAUUCCAUCUCCGAAAGAUGCUAUUCCCGGUGAGGAGGAUGAAUGCCCUGCAGUGUACUACCAAUAUGCGUUUGAUCGCUUCUUGCGUCGAAUCCUCAGGAUGCGCAUCACUCGCCCGAAUGAUCCCAUUAUGGUCCAUGCGGAUGAUAUAGAAGCUGCGUUUCGACGAGUGCUCUAUCAUCCUGAUAUGGCGUGUGCUUUUGCAUAUGUUUAUUCUGAUUAUCUGAUGGUUCCAGUGGGUCAAGUUUUUGGUUCUCGGAGUGCGCCUUCCUACUACUGUGUACUUGCUGAUGUCCGCCAAGCAUUGGCGGCUUGUCGACAGGAUGAGCCUCUUCUUCUUCCAUUGGUCGCUUCCUGCACCUAUGAGGUAGAUACUUCCUCUCCUCUUGUACAGGUGCCUCCAGAUUCGAAUCAUCCUCCACUCACUUUGCAGGAGCAGAUUGGUCGAACGAAUCGAGUCUAUUACUCGAUCAGUUCGACCCGCUUCACACCACAACCCACCAGCUACACACCAAGACAAAAAUACUACGAACACACACACGGAGGACGGCAGUAG